AUGUACACGCGGACGUCCCUCUGGUGGCCCCUGCUCGGGCUGCUGCAGCUGCUCCUCCUGUUGCAGGUGGCCCAUAGCUACCUGAUUAUCGUGCACGAGGACACGCCCCCCGGAACCGUCAUCUUUAAUGCCUCCGUGUACAAGUUGGGCUCCGAGCGGCACUACAAAAUCAAUGCCCACAAGUCGGCUAACUUUGUGCAUCACCUGGUCUCGGUCAGCCACAAGGAUGGCCAGAUCCAGCUGAGGAAAGCCCUCAAGUGCGACGGCAUCUACUACCCGAAUCUGUUCACCUUCUACGUGGACUCCACCUCGAACCGGCUGCGCAGCAUAGAUUACUACAGCCUGCCAGUACGGAUCUUCGUGUCGGGUCACAGCUGCAAUGAGGACCGGAGGGUGGAGCAGGAGCUUCACCAUCUGCACCACUUCGAGGAGGAGGACAACACGGGUUACUCCAAGCGCCGGCGACGGCGCUCCACCCAGGAGAUAGUCCAGCUGGACGGUAACCAGCUGGAGGAGGUAUUUCGCCACAACAGCACUGAGUUCCGGGCCGGGGAUCUCAUCUUUGGCGACAGCUUCGACAAUGAGAUGCGACACAGGAUACUGAGCCGCAAGCGGCGGGCUGUGCCCUCGGCGGACCCCCUGCACCUGCAGCCAGCCCUGCAUCGUCGCAUCUCGGACGCCAAGCAAUGGAUCUCUGAGACCUACGCCUCCUAUGCCAUUCACACCACGGAUAAGUGGAACCAAAUCUGCCUGAGGCGCUCGCAGUUCAUCAACAACCUGAACGCCUUCUUGCCCCGGUCUGUGUGCCAGCAUUGCAAGGUGAGCUUCCUGGAUGUCAACGACGAGCGUUUCGCAAUCGAGCACCAGAGCCGCGACUUGGUGGCCAGCAGAGAUGUCUGCAUCGCAGAGUCCAUGUGGAAGGUGAGCAUUACCUUCAACAUCCGCUGCGAUCGACGGGACAUUGUGGACUCGGAUCACCGCCUGAAGAUCGUCUACCACCACCAGGAGUUCAACGACACGGACAUCGCCCGCAGGGUGAGGAGGGAGCUGCGUAACCAGUCGCCCUACUUCGAGCAGGCCCUCUACGUGGCCUCCGUGCUCGAGGAGCAGCCUGCCGGUGCAGCCGUUACUACUGUGCGGGCUCGUGAUCCUGAAGAUUCCCCGGUGGUUUACUCCAUGGUCUCCCUUCUCGACUCCCGCUCCCAGUCGCUGUUCAAAGUGGACUCCCGCACCGGAGUGGUCACCACCUCGGCCAGCUUGGAUCGGGAACUGAUGGAUGUCCACUACUUCCGGGUGGUGGCCACAGAUGACAGCUUCCCGCCACGUUCUGGCACGACCACGCUGCAAGUCAACGUGCUGGACUGCAACGACCACAGCCCAACCUUUGAGGCGGAGCAGUUCGAGGCCAGCAUUCGCGAGGGAGCCACAGUAGGAUCAACGGUCAUAACCUUGAGAGCAACCGAUCAGGACAUAGGAAAGAAUGCGGAAAUCGAGUACGGAAUCGAGGCAGUUACUGAUGGUGGUGGAUUGGCCCAGGACCAGGAACUACCCAUCUUCCGUAUUGACACUCGCUCAGGUGUGAUCUCUACAAGAAGCAGUCUGGAUCGAGAGACAUCGGACAGCUACCAUUUGCUGGUAACCGCUGCUGAUAUGGCGGCAGCGCAGAGCGAACGGCGUACGGCCACUGCCAGUGUCCUGGUGAAGGUACUCGAUGACAACGACAACUACCCGCAAUUUAGCGAACGCACCUAUACCGUCCAAGUACCCGAGGAUCAGUGGGGCGGCAGCGAGGACAACACGGUGGCCCACAUUCGGGCCACGGAUGCGGAUCAGGGUAAUAAUGCGGCCAUUCGAUAUGCCAUAAUCGGCGGGAACACACAGUCGCAGUUCUCCAUCGACUCGAUGUCCGGGGAUGUGAGUCUGGUGAAGCCGCUGGACUACGAGAGCGUGCGCAGCUACAGACUGGUGAUUCGUGCUCAAGACGGAGGCAGUCCCUCCCGGAGCAACACCACCCAGCUCCUGGUGAAUGUGAUCGAUGCAAAUGACAAUGCGCCCAGGUUCUACACGUCGCAGUUCCAGGAGAGCGUCCUGGAGAACGUACCAGUGGGUUACAACAUCAUCCGGGUGCAGGCCUACGACUCCGACGAAGGCGCCAAUGCCGAGAUCACAUACAGCAUUUCGGAGAGAGACGACAACUUCCCACUGGCGGUGGAUCCCCGAACGGGAUGGGUACAGACCAUCAAGCCACUGGAUCGCGAGGAGCAAGGUCGCUUUGCCUUCCAGGUGGUGGCCAAGGAUGGUGGUGUGCCGCCCAAAUCGGCCAGCUCCUCGGUAGUGAUAACAGUGCAGGAUGUGAACGACAACGAUCCCGCCUUUAAUCCCAAGUACUACGAGGCAAAUGUCGGUGAAGAUCAACCUCCAGGCACUCCGGUGACCACAGUAACAGCCACGGAUCCCGAUGAGGACUCUCGCUUGCACUACGAAAUAACCACGGGCAAUACAAGAGGACGCUUUGCGAUCACCUCUCAGAAUGGCCGAGGUCUGAUCACCAUUGCUCAGUCCCUGGACUAUAAGCAGGAGAAGCGCUUCGUGCUCACAGUGGCUGCCACCGAUUCCGGAGGACGUUCCGACACGGCCACAGUGCACAUUAACAUCACGGAUGCCAACAAUUUUGCGCCUAUCUUUGAGAACGCACCCUACAGCGCUUCGGUGUUCGAGGAUGCUCCGGUGGGAACCACUGUCCUGGUGGUAUCUGCCACUGACAGCGAUGUGGGGGUGAAUGCCCAAAUCACGUACUCCCUGAACGAAGAGAGCAUCAACGGAUUGGGUAGCCCGGAUCCGUUUUCAAUCAAUCCGCAGACGGGAGCCAUUGUAAGCAAUGCUCCCUUGGAUCGAGAGACUACCAGUGGCUAUCUGCUCACCGUAACUGCCAAGGACGGGGGCAAUCCCUCGCUCAGCGACACCACUGACGUGGAGAUUGCAGUGACGGAUGUGAACGAUAAUGCACCUGCCUUCAAGAGUCCCCUGUACCAGGCUUCGAUCCUAGAGGAUGCAUUGGUGGGCACCUCGGUCAUCCAGGUGGCAGCCAGUGACCCUGAUGUGGGUCUCAAUGGACGCAUCAAGUAUCUGCUCAGCGAGCGCGAUGUCGAAGAUGGUUCCUUCGUAAUCGAUCCCACUUCGGGCACUAUUCGCACCAACAAAGGCCUGGACCGGGAGAGCGUUGCCGUCUAUCACCUGACCGCCAUUGCUGUGGACAAGGGAUCACCGCCGCUUUCGAGCGCCGUCGAGGUGCAGAUCCGCCUGGAGGAUGUAAACGAUUCGCCUCCGACCUUUGCCUCCGAUAAGAUCACUCUAUACGUACCGGAGAACUCUCCAGUUGGCUCGGUUGUGGGUGAGAUUCAUGCCCACGAUCCCGACGAAGGUGUCAACGCGGUGGUUCACUACUCCAUCAUCGGUGGUGACGACUCCAAUGCAUUUUCACUGGUCACACGGCCGGGAUCAGAGAGAGCACAACUACUUACCAUGACGGAACUGGACUAUGAGUCUACUCGAAAGCGCUUUGAAUUGGUGGUGAGGGCAGCAAGUCCUCCGUUGCGAAACGAUGCCCACAUCGAGAUCCUUGUCACGGAUGUGAAUGACAAUGCCCCCGUGCUGCGUGAUUUCCAGGUGAUUUUCAACAACUUCAGGGACCACUUUCCCAGCGGCGAGAUCGGAAGGAUUCCAGCCUUUGAUGCAGACGUAAGCGACAAGCUCCACUACAGAAUUUUAUCGGGUAACAAUGCCAACUUGCUCCGUCUGAACAGCAGCUCAGGAGGAUUGGUAUUGAGUCCCCAGCUAAACACAAAUGUGCCCAAGUUUGCCACCAUGGAGGUGUCCGUAUCCGAUGGAAUCAACGAGGCCAAGGCCAUCAUGCAGCUGUCUGUGCGUCUGAUCACAGAGGACAUGCUCUUCAACUCGGUGACGGUGCGCUUGAACGAAAUGACGGAGGAGGCCUUUCUCUCGCCCCUGCUCAACUUCUUCCUGGACGGACUAGCGGCGAUUAUUCCCUGUCCCAAGGAGCACAUCUUCGUGUUCAGCAUCCAGGAUGACACGGACGUGAGCUCGCGCAUCUUGAAUGUCAGCUUUUCGGCCCGCCGGCCGGAUGUGUCCCACGAGGAGUUCUAUACGCCGCAGUAUUUGCAGGAGAGGGUCUAUCUGAACAGGGCCAUCCUGGCCCGCUUGGCUACCGUGGAGGUCCUGCCCUUCGAUGACAACCUCUGCGUGCGAGAGCCCUGUCUGAACUUCGAGGAAUGCCUGACCGUGCUGAAGUUUGGCAAUGCCUCCGAGUUUAUUCACAGCGACACUGUGCUCUUUAGGCCCAUCUACCCGGUCAACACGUUCGCCUGCUCUUGCCCAGAGGGCUUCACGGGCAGCAAGGAGCACUAUCUGUGCGACACUGAGGUGGAUUUGUGCUACUCGGAUCCUUGCCAGAACGGCGGCACCUGUGUGAGACGCGAGGGUGGUUACACUUGCGUGUGUCCCUCGACCCACACGGGUUCGAAUUGUGAGACUGGAGUGGGUCAGCUGCGUCCUUGCCCUUCCGAUACCUGUGAGGGAGGCUUGUCCUGCCUGAGCAACUAUCCCAGCUCUCAGCCACCUCCGUACACGGCCACCUGUGAGCUGCGCGCCCGAUCCUUUGGACGCAACUCCUUCCUGACCUUUGAGAGUCUCAAGCAGAGGCACCGCUUCAAUCUCAAGCUGCGCUUCGCCACCGUCCAGGAGAACGGACUGCUGCUUUACAACGGCCGAUAUAACGAGCUGCACGACUUUGUGGCCUUGGAGAUCCUUGAGGGCCAUGUGAGCUUCUCCUUCUCCCUGGGCGACCACAGCGCCAGUGUGUCUGUGAUGCAGGAGUCCAUGGUUUCGGAUGGAAAAUGGCAUCAAGUCGAAGUGGUCUACCUGAACCGCAGCGUAACUCUGGUUCUGGAUAACUGCGACACGGCCAUAGCUCUGUCGGGACAACUGGGAGACAGAUGGAGCUGUGCCAAUCGGACCACCCUGAAGCUGGACAAGCGCUGCUCGCUGCUCACGGAGACCUGCCACCGCUUCCUGGAUCUCACUGGACCCCUACAAGUCGGAGGACUUCCCCGCAUUCCUGCCCACUUCCCGGUGGCCAAUAGGGAUUUCGUCGGUUGCAUCUCGGACCUGCGUAUCGAUGAUCGAUUCAUCGACCUGAACUCCUACGUGGCGGAUAAUGGCACCCUGGCUGGUUGUCCACAGAAAGCUCCGCUGUGUCCCUCCGAGCCCUGUUUCAAUGGCGGAACCUGCCGCGAAGGCUGGGGAACUUAUUCCUGCGAGUGCCCCGAGGGCUAUGCGGGCAACAGUUGUCAGGACAACAUUCCGGCUCCCUGGCGUUUCUCCGGAGAUGGUAGCCUCAGCUUCAAUCCUCUCUUGCGUCCCAUCCAGCUUCCGUGGACCACCUCCUUCUCGUUGAGAACGCGGCAGCGGGAGGCCUUUCUCUUGCAGAUCCAAAUAGGUCAGAACAGUUCGGCUGCUGUGUGCUUGCGGCAAGGUGUCCUCUACUACAUCUUUGAUGGGGAACCCAUGUUUCUGGCCGGAGCAUUCCUCUCGGAUGGUGAGUGGCACAGAGUGGAAAUACGCUGGCAGCAGGGCUCCGAGAUCCAUUUCUCCGUAGACUAUGGUCAGCGCUCGGGAUCAGUUCCCAUGUCCCAGAAGGUUCAGGGCUUAUACGUGGGCAAGAUCGUGAUGGGCAGUGCGGAUGGCAGCAUUGGAACGGUGCCCGAAGCCUCUCCCUUUGAGGGCUGCAUUCAAGAUGUUCGAAUCGGGGCGGGGCAGUCUGUCCUAUCCCGUCCAACAAUUCGUGAGAAUGUGGAGGACGGCUGCGACUCACGUGCCCAGUGUCCGGAUCACUGCCCCAAUCACUCCUCCUGCGUGAGCACUUGGGACAUGGCGACCUGUGAGUGUGACACGGGCUUCGUGGGCACGGAUUGUGCACCCAUUUGCACGGUGAGACCCUGUGCCUCUGGUGUCUGCCGAGCCAAUACUAGUUUGUCCCGUGGCUACGGAUGCGAGUGCAACAGCAGCUCCCGUCACGGCGACUAUUGCGAGCGAGAGCUCCAGCAACCGUGUCCCGGCGGCUGGUGGGGUGAGCGGGUCUGCGGUCCCUGCAGAUGCGACCUGGCCCAGGGCUACCACCCAGACUGCAACAAGACCACCGGCCAGUGCUACUGCAAGACGAAUCACUACCAACCACCUAACGAGACAGCCUGUCUUUCCUGCGAUUGCUACUCCAUCGGCAGUUUCAGCGGGGCCUGCAACCCGCUGACCGGACAGUGCGAGUGCCGGGAGGGUGUCAUAGGAAGAAGAUGUGACUCCUGCUCGAAUCCCUAUGCCGAAGUCACCCUCAGCGGCUGCGAAGUGGUCUACGAUGCCUGCCCCCGGUCCUUUGCCGCCGGCGUUUGGUGGCCCCGUACUCCCCUCGGAGGAGUGGGCAUAGAGGGAUGUCCGUCGCCGGCUCGAGGAAAGGGACAACGAAGUUGCGAUGCUCAGUCGGGCAGCUGGAGCACCCCGGACAUGUAUAACUGCACUUCCGAGCCCUUCGUGGAACUGCGCCGUCAACUCUCUCAACUGGAGAAACUUGAAUUAGAACUCAACUCCUUUGUGGCCAUCAAGAUGGCAGAGCAACUGAGAAGAGCUUGCGAGACAGUGGAUAGGAGGGGAUCCAGCAAGGAUCCCAAGAUGACGGGAUCAGGACGUCCCAGCCGGCGCUACAAGAUGGAGUCCUCCUUCCUGCUCAGCAAUGGCGCGAAUUUGUGGUCUCACGAACUGGAAAUGGACUAUCUCUCUGAUGAACUGAAGUUCAGCCACGAUCGCCUUUAUGGAGCGGACCUUCUCGUCACCGAGGGCCUCCUCCAAGAGCUGAUAAACUACGAGUUGAUGCAGAGUGGCCUAAACCUGUCGCACAGCCAGGACAAAUAUUUCAUCAAGAACCUGGUGGAUGCCGCCAGUGUGAUCCUGGACCGAAAAUACGAGUCGGAGUGGCGCCGAGCCACGGAACUGAUUCAAAGGGGGCCAGAGGACCUGGUGGAUGCCUUUAACAAGUACCUUGUGGUCCUAGCCCGAUCCCAACAUGACACCUACACCAGUCCCUUUGAGAUCGUGCAGCCGAACAUGGCCAUGGGACUGGACAUUGUCACCACUGAAUCCCUAUUUGGCUACGAACCUGAGCAACUUAGCGAAUACCACCGGAGCAAGUACCUCAAGCCGAACGCUUUCACCACCGAGAGCGUGGUGCUGCCGGACACCAGCGGUUUCCUACAGCACUCCGCUCGCCAGCGGCCCGUCAUUAGCUUCCCCAAGUAUAACAACUACAUCCUGGAUCGACGCAAGUUCGAUCAGCACACCAAGGUGCUGGUGCCCCUGGAAAUGCUGGGCAUAACGCCUCCAGAAAGCGACGAGGUCUCCCAGGGCGGCAGGAGAGGAGGCCAUGAUCAUCGUGCCAUUGUGGCAUACGCUCAGUACAAGGAUGUGGGUCAGCUUUUGCCCGAUUUGUACGAUGAGACCAUCACUCGUCGCUGGGGUGUCGAUGUCGAACUGGCCACUCCCAUUCUCUCCUUGCAGAUCCUUGUGCCUUCAUUGGAAAGGGAACAGGAGACCCAACGCCUGGAGAUUCCCUCAAGGAAGAUAUCAUCGGCGUCAUCGUCAUCCUCUUCCUCCGGGAGCACGGAGCAGCAGUUCGUGGAGGUGUUUGAUGUGCCCAAGGCACCCACAAGCAGCAGUGAACAGCAGAUCGAGGACAUAAGAAUUACUGCCCACGAGGUGCCUCCGCCAGUUUCCUCCGGAGAACAACUAGAGGCUUCCAGCAGUGAGGGUGGUGAGGAGAGGGAACCGCACCUUCACCUCAAUCUCGAUGACAUCGAGUUUCAUGGCAACUCCGGCGAGGAGAUCAUAUCUCCGGGCUCUCCCGAGGUGCUUAAUCCCAACUAUGAAGGCGCCAGCUCCACCGGCAGCGAAGAGCUGCCCAAAGGCGAGAACGAUGCAGUCUAUAGAGAUCGUCGCUUAGUCAAGCGGCAGGUGGAGAUUACCUAUCCCUCGGAGCAGAUGCAGAAGCCGGAGCAAGUGGUCUAUCGGUCGCUUGGUUCUCCUCACUUGGCGCAACCCAUCAAGCUGCAGAUGUGGCUGGAUGUGGACGCAGCUCGCUUCGGACCACGCUCCAACCCGCAGUGUGUGCGCUGGAAUUCCUUUACCAAUCAAUGGACUCGCCUGGGCUGCCAGACGGAGAUUCCAGACUUUGACGGAGACUUUAAUCCAGCGGCUCAGCCAUCGAUCCUGGUGAACUGCAGCUGUACCCAUAUCUCUAGUUAUGCGGUGAUCGUGGAUGUAAUAGAUCCAGAGGACAUACCGGAACCUUCUCUCCUCGUGCAAAUCACCUCGUACUCGGCCUUCCUGGUUUCCCUACCCCUUCUGCUAGGCGUCCUCCUGGCCCUGGCGCUUCUUCGUGGCCAGCAGACCAACUCGAACACCAUCCACCAGAAUAUAGUGCUAUGCGUCUUCUGCGCCGAGCUACUCUUCUUCGUGGGAAUGCAGUCGCGUCGCCAGCUCCUGGAGAGCGAGUUCCCAUGCAAGUUGACGGCCAUCUGCCUGCACUACUUCUGGCUGGCGGCCUUUGGCUGGACCACGGUGGACUGCGUCCAUCUCUACCGCAUGCUCACCGAGAUGCGGGACAUCAACCACGGACCGAUGGGCUUUUACUUUGCCAUGGGCUACGGUGCACCAGCCAUAGUCGUUGGACUCUCUGUGGGAGUUCGGGCUCACGAGUACGGAAAUAGCUUAUUCUGCUGGUUGUCCGUGUACGAGCCCGUUGUCUGGUGGCUUGUGGGUCCCAUAGCGGGCAUGUCCGUGGUGAACCUGCUGAUCCUAUUUGUGUCCGUUAAGGCGGCCUUUACCCUCAAGGAUCAUGUCCUGGGCUUUGGAAAUCUGCGCACUCUGCUUUGGCUGUCGGUGGUGUCUCUCCCCCUGAUGGGUGUGAUGUGGGUCCUGGCGGUAUUGGCCGCCUCGGAGCACUCCCAGCUGCUGAGUCUGUUGCUCUCCGGCGUGGUGCUCCUCCAUGCGCUCUUCUGCCUCAUCGGUUAUUGCAUCAUCAACAAGCGGGUACGGGAGAAUCUACAACGAACCUGUCUGCGCUGCAUGGGCCGCAAGGUGCCCCUGCUGGACUCGUCAAUGGUGGUCAGCAACAGCUCCCAUAACGUCAAUGGGGCGGCAAGGCCGAGUAACUUUUUGGCUGGAGGAUACGACACGACUACUCGUAGGAACAUAGGUAUCAGCGCCAGCAGUACCACCUCCAGGAGCACGGCCAAGACGAGCUCAAGUCCUUACAGCGAUGGCCAACUGAGACAGACCUCCACGUCCACCUCGAACUACAAUUCUGCUAGUGAUGCACCCAGCUUCCUGAGGGGCUUCGAGUCCUCCACAACCGGACGUAGCCGGGGUGUAGAGGAGAAGCCGCGUCGCCAGAGGAAGGACUCUGACUCCGGUUCGGAGACGGACGGAAGAUCCCUAGAGCUGGCCUCCAGUCACUCCAGCGACGACGACGAAUCUCGCACGGCCCGAUCCUCGGGCACGCAUCGCAGCACCGCUGUGAGUUCAACGCCCGCCUAUCUGCCCAACAUCACGGAGCACGUGCAGGCCACCACGCCGCCGGAGCUGAAUGUGGUCCAGAGUCCCCAGCUCUUCCCCAGCGUCAGCAAGCCCGUCUACGCCCCCCGCUGGUCCAGUCAGCUGCCGGACGCCUAUCUGCAAUCGCCGCCGAACAUUGGACGCUGGUCCCAGGACACAGGCUCCGACAACGAGCAUGUCCACGGCCAGGCCAAAAUGACUAUCUCGCCAAACCCCUUGCCCAAUCCCGAUCUCACGGACACCAGUUACCUGCAGCAGCACCACAACAAGAUCAACAUGCCGCCCUCGAUUCUGGAGAACAUAAGGGAUGCGCGUGACGGCUACGAAGACAGCCUGUACGGCCGGCGGGGCGAGUAUCCAGACAAGUACGGCUCCUACAAGCCACCCAGUCACUAUGGCAGCGAGAAAGACUAUCCGGGCGGCGGCAGUGGCUCCCAGACCAUCGGCCACAUGCGCAGCUUCCACCCGGAUGCGGCCUACCUGAGCGACAACAUCUACGAUAAGCAGCGUACGCUGGGCAGCGGUUACUUGGGCGCCAAGUCAGAGUCACCCUACCUCUCCAAGGAUCGCAUCACCCCCGACAUAUACGGCUCCAGGGACGGUCACUACAGUCUGAAGCGACAGCCCGCCUAUGCCACCGACUCUCUGCACUCUGUGCAUUCGCUGCUUAAGAACGACUACCACCAACAACAGCAGCAGCAACAACUCCAGCAGCAGCAACAUCAUCUGCAGGACAGGUUGUCCGAGGGCUCGGAUAAGAAUGGCUACCACUUUCCGUACACCGCGGAGGAGGACCACUUGCCCGCCAGAAAGCUAAGUCACACGCAGCCGCCGUCGCUCCACGGAUCCCAGCUGAUGCAGACGCCGCCGCCGGGUCUGGGACUGGUCAAUGAUGUCAACAAUCCGGGCCUGCUGGCGCGGCACACUCUGAACGGCGGGGGAUCGCGACACAGCUCCAGAGCUUCAUCCCCGCCCUCCAGCAUGGUGGCGCCCAUGCAGCCACUGGGGCCGCUGGCUAGCAUCACGGACACUGAGCGGAAUAUUGAUGAUGACGAGACCACAGUGUGACGACAGUCCCAGUCCUUGUCGCAGUCGAGGCUGCAGCAGCAACAUCAACAGCACCUGCAGCAGCUGCAACAAUUGCAGCAGCAACGCACCAAACAGCCAGCGCCAUACUUUGCCACCAUUAGACGCAAGCCGCAUUACAGGAGCCACACGGAUGCCUGAGCUCCGCCUCGGCCCGGAAUCCAUAGCACACUUACGGGCGCCGAGCUGCCAUAAGUCCCUCAUUAAAACUUUGUAAAUAGAAGCACACCCAACACCGAACACCGAACACCCGCACACUCGCUGGCCACUUAAUUUUACGUAAAUAGCGCUUAGUACAUACGAUAGCUGCAACAAAUAGGAAUAUCAGCAUAAAUAUU